AUGAUUUCGCAUUCUUCUGACAAACUCACAGUAGUUCAUGUUCGACUCGUCUUCCUUCGAAUAGGUAAAGCUCAUUCCAUUACUCUCACAAUCAAAUCACAUCCAAUGAUUUCUCAUUUAGGUGAAAUUGAUACACUCAAUGAACGAUAUCAAGCACAUGCAUCCAUCGAGUCUCGUUGGACAGUCUCACACGACAAAUUUCUAUCGACUAUCACAACUACCGAACAAGAACGCCUCAUCAAUGGGAAAUCUAUUCUUCUUGAUAAAUAUGAACAAACUCAUUGGCAUCCUCAACUCUAUAUCGAGAAUGCACUAGGUGAUCUGAAAGAACAAAUCAAGUACAGUGCGAAAAUCAAUGGAAAAGAUGCGAAAAUCUACGUCUGUGAACAUCGAAUCAUCAAAGGACUAUUUUGGGAGAAACUCGAGUUGCAGCAUUUUCCAAGUGACGUUCAAGACUUGUCAAUCUCAGUGACAUCAACAUAUUUCCAUAACAGAGUUGUUUUAAUUGCUGAUCCACAUCGUCAAAGUGGAGUGAACCGUGAAGCGUUUGUUGAUCAACAAGAAUGGUGUCUGUAUGAACAUAUUGACACAGAAGAACGAUACGUCAAAGAAUUCUUAUUCCAAACUAGUUCCGAUGAUGAUGAUGACGACGACGAAGAAGGUGAUUGUGAACGAUUUAAAUCUUUGAAUACCGACGAUCGAAAACGAUCUGUCUUAACUGUUACUUGUCAUGUUGCUCGUCAAUCACAGUAUUUCUUUUGGAAUGGAUUUUGUCUAAUCUUUCUAAUCACUCUAGUCUCGUUCUGUGCAUUCGGGUUGCCAUUGCAGUACGUUGUGAGUCGUUUACAAGUAUCGUGCACACUUCUUCUAACAUCAAUCUCAUUUCGUUGGACAGUCAAUCGAUCACUACCGACGAUAUCGUAUCUGACAUCACUAGAUAAAUAUGGUAUUUUAUGUAUAUUCAAUCUGAUACUACACGCUGUCUGGCACAGUAUCAUCUGUGUGAUUAUCUAUGAACAAACAAACAAUUUUCAUGUGCCAAAGAAUUCCUGGAUGGCUUAUUUAGAUCGUGCAGCAUUUGGUGUAUGCGCUCUUCUCUUUAUUGUAUUACAUGUUAUCAUGAUUGCAUGGCUCUAUUGGGUUCCGUUGAGACAUCGUAAAGAAAUGAGAAAUAAAGAUGAGCGCUAUCGGCUACUGGUGGUCGAAAAAAUGAAAGUCGACGAACAACAAUCGUGUCUUAUCAAGAAAGAGAUAAUUAAUUUCGAUCAAAACCAUAUCAGUCGACAGUCGACAUUCGUCUAA